AUGAGAAACCAGAGGGUGGUUUGGGGGGGAGUGGACCACUACAGAAAAGCGCGUCACAUGAGCAAAAACAAGGCUCUCGCCAUUCUCAGAAAGCUGGACGCCUACACGCUACACCAUCCGGUGAGAAGAAAGUUUAAUGGGAGACGCAUCAUCGCGCUCAAGAUCAACGACGUGUGGCAAAUGGAUCUCGCCGACUUUUCAAAAUCCGAGAAUUUCAACGGUGGCUACCGCACCAUUCUCGUGGCGAUCGAUUCCCUCUCCCGCUUUCUGCGCACCCUCCUGCUAAAAACGAAACGCCCCGCCGAAAUAAAAAGGGCCAUGAUAAGACUUUUUCGGGGAGGAAACGCGCAUACACGCAUCUUUUGCGACAGAGGAGGGGAAUUCUACAACAAGAUCGUUAAGGAGUACCUGUCACGAAAGAAGGUCCACAUGUAUUCCACCUUCUCCCCCGUAGUCAAGGCCUCGCAGGCAGAACGGGUCAUACGCACUUUACGCGACAGAAUAUUCCGCUAUUUUAGAGUAACCGGAAAAUACCACUUUGUUUCCGUGCUUCCCAAGAUCAUGCGCGACUACAACAACACCAAACACAGGACGUUGGGCAUUAGUCCGUCCGAAGUCACGCCCGAAAAUGAAUUGGAGCUGUUCAAUAAAAUAAAUGGGAAGCCCAUCGUACCAUCCGUGAAAAAGAAGCUCAAAGUGGAGGAUAAAGUGAGGGUCCUACUACACAGAAGAGGACUAUUCUCUAGAGAGCUGGCCUCAGAUUUUCCCUCUCCCUCGCGCGCCCCGCCCACCCGGAGCGCGCCAAUGGGAGGAUGCGUGGGCGUCGUCGGCUGA